AUGUCUCUCUUCAAGUCCAACAAGAACAAGACUGCCUCUGCUGCCUCGACCCCAGCUCAGACUCCUCGUCCUUCUGUCGAUGCCCAGCGUCCCGCCCAAGCCAAGAUGACCCGUGACCAGGCCCUCGAGAUGGCCCUCCGCAAGUCGGUGCAGACCAUGCCUGCCAACUUCAACCUUAUUAUGAUGACACAGAAGAACGGACGACUGAUCAGUCUGAUCCAUUAA